GGCCGCAGAGCGCCGCGCCUUCCGGGCGCCGAGGUUUCCGGUGCCGGGUGAGGUGAUGGCGGCGGGCGGCAGCGACCCGCGGGCGGCCGACGUAGAGGAGGACGCCUCGCAGCUGGUCUUCCCCAAAGAAUUUGAAACUGCGGAAACUCUUCUGAAUUCAGAAGUACAUAUGCUUCUCGAGCAUCGCAAGCAGCAGAAUGAAAGUGCAGAAGAUGAGCAGGAGCUCUCAGAAGUGUUCAUGAAGACUUUGAAUUACACGGCCCGCUUCAGCCGCUUCAAAAACCGUGAAACCAUUGCCAGUGUUCGUAGUUUGCUGCUCCAGAAAAAGCUCCAUAAAUUUGAAUUGGCAUGUCUGGCUAACCUGUGUCCUGAGACAGCUGAAGAAGCCAAAGCUUUGAUUCCUAGCCUGGAAGGCCGAUUUGAAGAUGAGGAGUUACAGCAGAUUCUUGAUGAUAUUCAGACGAAACGCAGCUUCCAGUAUUAGGACUAAUGCUCAGCCCCUUCAUGUGAACAGAAAAAUUGGAGAACUUUGGUUGUUUCUUGGCACUCUGGACCAAUCUAGUAAUUCCCAGGCUGAGUAAGGGGAGUCACAGAUGAAGAGUACUGCUUGGUGUCAUACACAGAUGCAUUCAAACUGGAAAUCAGUGUAGUCCUUUUGGUUUGUUACAUGUAUAAUAUUGGUAAAGACUCCUGUAUGGUGUGAACCAGAGGGCCUGAAAUGUCCUUUCUCAGUGGCUUCGGUAUUGUUUUCUUCCAGCUCCCUCUCCCUGAUUUGGGAAUCUUCAGCAUGUUUCUGUUUUUUAGCAGAAGUGUAGAUGUGACUUCUUUUUUUGUGAACUGCUAAGAGAGGGAGAAACUUCUUCUGACCGACUGUUGGAAGGCUUAGUGAUGGGAGAAUCAGGAUUAAGAUUUAUGUCUUUUUUUUUUAAUUGUUUGAUUGAGAGAGUGGAUUUUUACCACUUCAAUAAUUUUGUAUUAUUGCUUAGUGUAAAUUAAAAGAUGUUUCUAAUUAA